AUGGGCACGGCAAGCCAUCCUGUGAGCCCUAGCACGGGCCCUUCUGAGGACUCGCGACGCGACGAUCUUGAUGCGUCUGCAUCUGCGGCACCUACGGCUGGCGGUUCAAGUACGGAGCAAACGACGACAACAGUCUCCGAAACAACGACGACAUCAGCCGACCCGGCUCCAGCCGCACCAAGCAUUCCCGGCCCUCCUGCAGAAAACUUCGCCGGACCUUCCGCCGAUCAUGCCCUCGAGGCCGGCGGCACCGACGAUGAUGACGAAUUUACUCCCAGUGUAUUUGACGGAUCAUCGAUAGCCGACGACAGGAGUCAAAGGACUGACUCAACCUCACUGAACUCCAGCGUCUAUGAGCAUAGCUUCCAGCAUGGCCGGCGUUACCAUAAGUUCCGGCACGGACGGUACCCGAUCCCCAACGACGAGACAGAGCAGAACCGCGAGGACAUGCUGCAUGCGAUGAUGCUGGAAGCCACGGACGGGAGGCUUUACUUUGCGCCUAUCGGGGAUAAUCCACAGAAGAUUAUCGAUCUCGGCACGGGAACAGGUAUCUGGGCGAUUGAGAGUGAGUAA